AUGGGACAAGACAAUCAGACGAGUGUCACAGAGUUCGUGCUUCUGGGAUUCUCCAGAGAGCGAGGCACCAAUGUGUUUCUCUUUGCAGUGGUCUUCAGUAUGUACCUCAUCACUCUGGUGGGGAACACACUCAUUAUUGUGGCCAUCUGCAUUGACCCACGACUCAACACACCCAUGUACUUCUUCCUGUGCAAUCUGUCCUUCCUGGACAUCUGCUACACAACCGCUGUGGUGCCUCAGUUGCUGGUCCAUUUCUUAGCCAGUCACAAAAACAUCUCCUUUGACCGGUGCAUGGCUCAGCUUUACGUUGGUUUCUUCCUGGGCAGCACUGAAUUUAUCCUAUUGGCAGUUAUGGCCUAUGACAGAUAUGUGGCAGUCUGCCAUCCUUUGCAUUACAAGAACAUAAUGAGCAGGAAAGUGUGUAUCCAAUUGAUGAUGGUUUCCUGGACCUCUGGCUUUCUCAAUGCCUUGAUUCAUACUUCAUUCACAUUGCACCUUCACUACUGUAGCUACAACGUCAUCAACCACUUUGGUUGUGAACUCCUGGCAGUUAUCAAGUUGGCAUGUUCGGAUACUUUUGUCAAUGAUGUUGCACUCACGGUGUCAGGAGUCUUUGUCCUGUUCAUCCCCUGCCUUCUGGUCAUGUUCUCCUAUAUGUAUAUAAUUAAUGCUAUCCUGAGCAUCCGUUCUGAAGAAGGCCAGCACAGAGCCUUUUCCACAUGCACUUCUCACCUGACUGUGGUCACUCUCUGCUAUGGCACAGCAAUGUUUGCAUACUUGGCUCCUAAAGCCAACAUGUCUUCUGACCGGGACAAGAUUCUUUCUUUCCUUUAUGUAGUGGUUACACCCAUGCUCAACCCUCUCAUAUACAGCUUAAGGAAUAAGGAAGUAAAGGGAGCCCUAACUAAAAUAGCACACAGGAAAAAUAUCCUCUUGGAAAGACAAUGA